AAAUUGCAUUAAAUUCGGACAGUUAAAAUUCUCCGCCGGAAGAAUUACUUUAUUCCGAAAUAACAUCAUUUUUUCUCUUCUUCACCAUUUUUUUUUUUUUACAACUCCGUGAUAGCACUCAAAAAAAAAACUUUUUUUGUUUUCAUAUAUUUUGACAAAAUGGUUCGCUUUAAGAAUCGAUGGGUCCUAUUUCAAAUUGUACAAGAUCCAAUAAUAGAAAAUGACCAAGUUAUUUACCCUAAAACGCAAUUAGAAUUAACAGAUAGUAUGAUUACUAAAGCCAUAUUUCAGGCAAUUGAAUUAAAUUAUGGUUCCUUUGGUAAAGGACAAGGAAACAUUACACUGAAAUGGUACAAUUCAAUAACUCAUAUUGGUAUAUUACGUAUUCCACGAGAUUACACAGAUAUGUAUUUAUCAACAUUGUUUUAUAUAAAACAAAUUGGAUCUAUACCUUGUAGUUUCAGCAUUUUACAUGUCUCUGGUACCAUCAUCUUUAUUCAACAAGAAGCUAUUGAUUGGGACAGACGAUUCUAUUUAAAAGAACAAAAGGAAGCAGAAAAGAAAGGUGAAAAUUAUAGUUUAGUAGAUAAGCUUGAAAGAUCAAAAAAGGCACUUGCUGCAUUAUCAUGAUGAAAUUACACUCUAAUUUUACCAUCAUGUAUGCUGGACUUAUGUAAAUUAGAUUUUUUUUUCUUUAAAAAAAAGAAAGAAAAAAAAAACUUAUAAGCAUAUAUUGUAUAUAAAGAAGAAGGAGGUUUUUUAUCCAUUUACUAGUAGAUUUUAAAUCCCGUUAAACUUUGAUAACUUUUGUUAUUUAUUUAUUAUUUCCUCCAUUACAAAAUCAAAGCGAGAUGAAUAAAAACCAUUAACUGUAAGUUUUUUUUUUUUUGUUAAGGUUAAUGUUACUGCAUUUAAUCGCCGUUCUAUUGCAAUU